AUGAAACCCCGCGCUUGGCACCCGACUCGGAGUUGCAACCCCAGCCACUCCCCAGCCUUCCCCAGCAACGUUUUAGACCCGCACUUGUGCCCCACCGCUUUCCUUCCCUUCCGUCACUCCCUACAGCACACCAACUCACUCGAGCGAACCCAAGAAAACCGCAUCAACCUUUUAUUUCGAUCACCUUCGACCGACACUAUCAUGCGCUUCUCCCUUGCCGCGCUCAUCCUGGUCGUGUCCCCCUUGCUCGCCACCGCCUUCCCGCCCCAAGUUAGGGAGGCGACCGACCAACUUCGUCUCCGCCUCACGGACGAGAAUGAUGACAAGUGCCCCGACCUCAAGGUACGCAUGAACCUUCCUUCCAUACCCUCGUUCUGUGGAGCGCGCAGACCGUGUUUCCGACAUCGUGCUGACCCAUAACGCUCUCCAACGUAACCUUGGCCCCUCUUCUAGGUGCGAUGCUUCAAGGACGGCGAAUUGACGCAGCCGAUCGGCAACAUCGGCAAGCAGUCUUACUGCUGGGAUGAGGAAGAGACCAAGUGCAAGCAAUGCCACCAGACCAAGAACGUGAGUCCUUGCGCUAUAUUUGGAAUUCAGCUCCGCGCUCCGAGCCCCACCUCGGGACGACAUGCUGUGCGGGGAAAUACCACAGCCCCUAUUUCCACCAGGACACGUCGAUUCCAGGCGAGCAAACGCUGACCUAGAUCGCCUAUGGCCAAUAGAACCUCCAAUGUAACACCAAGUACCUCAAGGAUUGCGCCACCAAGUGUGAGGCGAUCGGAACUCCUCUUUAA